AUGUCGGCGGACUUGGUCGGAAAGACGGUGACUCCCUUCUUAAGGGAACAUGUCCCCGGCCUGUAUGCUCCGGUCUCCAAGAUCGACUCGUCGGAGAAGGAUGAGUCCAAGACACCGUCAGUAGACACGAACAGCAGAUACUGCUAUCGACACAGGCCAGACUCAAAAUGCAGAAGAGCUGCUGAUGAGUCUAAGAUGGCCAAGAUCCAAUCGGAACUUGACAAAUUGCCGUCUGCUGACCAACAAGCCAUCACAACCAUAUGGAGUCUCUUCUCAGCAGCUCCGUCAAAGCAUAGAGAGCUGAUGCUACAGGGUGUCAUCACCCAGCUCUGCUUCCCUCAACUCUCGCUCAUCUCUCGUGAGGUACACGAUCAGCUUAAGAUCGACUUCCUCACCGCUUUUCCGACAGAAAUAUCCUACAAAAUCCUAUGUUAUCUAGACUCAACAAGUCUAUGUUCAGCCGCUCAGGUCUCAAGGAGGUGGAGACAGCUGGCUGACGACGAUGUUGUUUGGCACCGGUUGUGCGAGCAGCACAUCGAUCGUAAAUGUACCAAGUGUGGGUGGGGACUACCGCUUCUGGAGAGGAAGCGACUCCGAGAUUGGACAAGGCAAAAGCAAGCUCAGACCCAGCGACAAGAGGAGGCCGCAGCCGCCGCUGCAGCUGCAACAGAAUCGGAACCAGAACACCACAUCCCCACCACAAAACCACCUCUACCGCCUGCACCUAACACGCCUCGCUCUCCUGGGUCGCCCAAGCGUGAUGCUAGCUACUUCGACUCGGAUGGCCCUGCAAAGAGGCAAUGCGUAACCCGCGUCGGUUCCUCUGAGCAGACCAGCUCCCAGGAGCUGCGCAAAUUUCGACCCUGGAAGGAUGUUUAUCGAGACAGAUUCAAGGUUGGGUCCAACUGGAAGUAUGGUCGGUUCAACUUCAAAUCAUUCCGUGGACAUACGAACGGUGUCACCUGCCUUCAACUUUCUGCCGAUGAUAAUAUCCUGGCCACUGGAAGCUAUGACGCCACCAUCAAGAUAUGGGACGUCGAAUCGGGCGAGGUGAUUCGUGAGCUGAAGGGUCACACACGUGGCAUCCGGACACUGCAGUUUGAUGACAGCAAGCUCAUCAGCGGAAGCUUGGAUAAGACCAUCAAGAUCUGGAAUUGGCAUACCGGUGCUUGCCUUGCUACAAUCCAGGGCCACACUGAAGGCGUCAUCAGCGUGAACUUUGAUGGCGACGUCGUCGCGUCUGGUUCCAUUGACUCUACGGUGAAGGUCUUCAAUUACAAGACGAAGCAGAGCUUCUGUCUUCGAGGCCACACAGACUGGGUCAACCAAGUUAGACUCGACAUGGGGAGCCGCACGUGCCUGUCUGCCUCAGAUGAUUGCCGCGUCAUCCUCUGGGACUUGGACACGAAGCGGCCCAUUCACAUAUUCGAAGGACACGUUGGCCAUGUUCAACAAGUCUUGCCCCUCCCGCCGGAUUUCGAACCAGAUGAUGAUCCAACACUGGUUGGAGCAAACGACAAUGAUGCAGUGUCUGUAGCGAGCGGACGCAGCUCGACGCCCGCUCUCUGCUACUCCUCGUCAAACUCGUCAUCGUCGUUCCUGCAGACUGACAGUGCCUACAAUGGCCAUACCCACACCGCUACAUCCGUCAGCCCGGAUGGUGAUGUCCGCGCGUUCUACGGCCCGGGAUUCACGAGUGACCCAUCACGGCCCCUGCCCAGCCGAUAUAUUCUUACGGGUGGUCUGGACAGCACUAUUAGAUGCUGGGACACUGCCACUGGCAAGUGUUUGAGGACCUUUUUCGGGCACCUUGAGGGCAUUUGGGGCCUAGUUGGCGACACCCUCCGUGUUGUCAGCGGCGCAAAUGACGGAAUGGUGAAGGUGUGGGAGCCCAGAUCGGGCAAAUGCGAGAAGAGCUUCACUGGUCACCUGGGUCCCGUUACUUGCGUCGCCCUCAGCGACUCACGUAUGGCAUCCGGAGGUGAGGAUGGUGAAGUGAGGUUGUAUUCUUUCCAGGAUGUGGUGGGCGAAGGCACCCCUGGCUUAGCAUAA